CACAACACCAACUUUCUUCCUCUUCACAGUAGCGAUAUCAUGGCUUCAUCCGGUGUCACCGUCGCUCCCGAGUGCAUUCAGGCCUUCAACGACCUUAAGCUUGGCAAGAGCGUCAAGUGGAUCAUCUUCAAGAUCAGCGAUGACUGGAAGGAGAUUGUGGUUGACGAGCAAUCGACCGAGGAUGACUACUCCACAUUCCGCGAGAAGCUGCUCAACGCCAAGAGCACAUGGAAGGGCAAGGAGGGCCUCGGUGGGCGAUACGCUGUUUACGAUGUUGCGUACGACUCGGGUGAAGGCCAGAGGAACAAGAUUGCCUUCAUCUCCUGGGUCCCGGAUGAUUCGCCACAGCACCCCCGCAUGAUGUACUCCUCUUCCAAAGAGUCCAUCAAACGCUCCCUCAACGGCUUCCACGCCGACAUCCAGGCCAACGACGCCGAUGACAUCGAGUACGACAACAUCAUCCAGCGCGUGUCCAGGCGUUAAAGCAGCUUACACUACGAACGAGCGCAUAACGUGCUACCCCUUGGUCAAACGAGUAGCGAAGAGAAUGACUUCUUACACUUGGGCUGGCUUUCUUUUGUGUUGAUGCGAUGAUUGACGGAUUGACGAAUUGGCGGGUGGUAGCGGGGACAUUCUUGGGCUCUUGAGCGGGUCGGUAGAUGCUGCUCGUGGGAGCGCUGGCAGUGGCAAUGAUGGUCAUCUCCCGCCGAGAGUUUAAGCGGUGGCAUAUUGAGGAUGUGGAGGUCGGAUAGAGAAUGCUAAAACUGUCGUAUCUGGCAUAUCACUUGGUCUUUCAUUCGUUGAAAAUGAACGAGCAUGAACACAUCUGAUCAUUAUCAUAUACAGUCUUCGCCGCUCGCUUCAUCGAACCAGAAGAAAUAUCGACUUCGAAACGAAGUAGCCCUGAAA